GAAUCAAUUAGAUACUGUUCCACGUCCUCCACUCGCUUUUCCAUUGUUAAAUUCUUCUGUUUCCCAUAGCCAUAGCCAUAGCCAUAGCCAUAGCCAUAGCCAUAGCCAUAGCCAUAGCCAUAGCCAUAGGCCUUUUGCAUUUGUUGUUCUCUGCUCUACUCUUCUUAUUAUAGCUAUAAUUUGAACUAUUAAUCUCCUAUUUUAGCCUGGAUUUGUCCAAUUUUAGUGCUUUCUUUCGGGAGCUAUCACAACCAAACCCACCCAAGAAGUUUUUUUCUGUUAGGAAAAUAAUCAAACAUGAGAGGGCUGUCUUUCUUUGUGAGAAACUUUGCGAAUUUCCUUUCCUUUCUUCUCCCUUUCAUUGAUAAACUCCCUUCAAAGUUGUUGCCUCCGCAAUUAGAAAAGAUAGUUGCGUUGGUUUCUCGCACUGGCCGUCAUCUUCAGCGUUAUGAUAAGGGUUGCCGCCAAGUUGUAGGGUGUGUUCCUUACAGAUAUAAGAAAACUGAUCAACCAUCUUCCAUGGAUGAAACUUCUCAUGAAGAUAUAGAAGUUCUUGUCAUCAGUUCACAAAGUGGUCAUGGAAUGUUGUUCCCUAAGGGAGGAUGGGAAGAGGAUGAAUCCAUGGAACAAGCAGCACUGCGAGAGACGCUAGAGGAAGCAGGAGUAAUUGGCAAAGUUGAAUGUGAAUUGGGGAAUUGGCAAUAUAUGAGCAAAAGGGGAGCCAAAAUGCAUGAAGUCUAUAUGUUUCCUAUGCUUGUUCAUAAGCAAUUAGAUCUCUGGCCAGAAAAGAACAUCAGAAAAAGAAGAUGGGUGACUGUGAAGGAAGCCAGAGAAGUGUGCCAUAAUUGGUGGAUGAGAGAAGCUUUAGAUGAACUAGUUCGGCGGCGACUACAAAAAGAGGAAGCUAAUGAAAGAAUCUGUAAAUAGAACAAUGUUUUUGUAGUAAUAGCUAAUUAAGUUUGUUAAUAAUCAAGAACAGGUUAUAGAGCAUAUUGUAGAUAUACAAAAGUCUUCUUUUUUCUUUCUUCUUCUUUAACUUUCCCCCUUUGUAGAAAUCUUGAUUCGUUAAUUCUUUCAACUCAGUAAAUUUUGGUUCUUGAUUUGCUUGAA